UGCCCGGCCCUUCGUCCCCCUUCUCUGUCGCUGUCUUCGUCUCCCAAACCCCAACCAAAACCCGGCGCCUUUUUCCCGUUCUAGCUCGAGCUCCCGAAACCCUAGCUCGUCUUCCUCGAGGGAUUCGCGAGGGUUUCUGGUGGUGAUGGAUCGGUACCAGAGGGUGCAGAAGCCGCGGGACGAGGAGGCGCCCAUCGCCGCCAACGAGAUACGCAUCACCGCGCAGGGCCGCACCCGCAACUACAUCACCUACGCGCUCGCCCUGCUCCAGGAAAAUGGACCAGAUGAAAUCGUCAUCAAAGCUAUGGGAAGGGCCAUUAACAAGACUGUUGACAUUGUGGAACUUCUUAAGAGAAGGAUUGCUGGCCUUCAUCAGAAUACGUCAAUUGAGUCAAUUGGUAUAACUGACACUUGGGAACCAUUGGAAGAGGGCCUAGUACCCCUUGAAACUACUCGCCGUGUUUCACUGAUCUCAAUAACAUUAUCGAAGAAGGAACUGGACACGUCUUCCCCUGGCUACCAGCCCCCAAUACCAGAUGACCAAGUUAGACCACCAAUUGACUAUGAUCAGGAAGGAGAAGCAUUACCAAGUGAUCAUGGAAGAGGGCGUGGCCGUCGAGGAAGGGGCAGGGGAAGAGCUAUGAGCAACAGAGGGGCAGAUUACAAUGAUGAAGACACAGAUGGGGAUGGGGGG